UUUAAAUUACCCUCAUUACUGCAGGGAUUUAUUGGGCAGCAUUAGUUUAAAAUUAUUACAUGUCCUCCACUGAUAUUUUGUAUUCAGCUUGAUUUUGAUCUGUAUUAUUGCUUAAAACAGUAGCUAGUCUAAGCCAGUGUUUCUCAAACUAGUUCCAUGGGACCCACAGCCAGUCCACGUUCUUGCUCCCUCUCAGCUCCCUGCCAGACAGUCCACAUUUUUUGCUCCCUCUGAGCGUCAGGUAGAGCAGAAAGUGGACUGUCUGGGUCCCCGAGGAACAAAUUUGGAAAUACUGCUAUAUGAUGAUGUCUAGGUAUGUCUAGCUAUGUGUGCCAAUGGGACAGAGCUCGAGAGGGACAAGCUACUAUACCAGGGGUGUCAAACUCCAAUACUGGGGGGCCGGAGCCCUGCACAGUUUUUGGUUUACCCUCAUUUAACACACCUGAUUCAACUCCUUGUACUAUUUACCACAUAGCUCUUGAGCUGAAUCAUUUGUGGUGGAACAGGGAAAGAACUAAGCUACACAGGGCUCUGGCUGUCCAUGACUGGAGUUCAACACCCCUGUAGUGUACCAACCUGAGGUUUAACUCCAAAUGUUAAGCCCUGCAGCUGGUCAUGUGCUAGGUCCUAACCCUAAAAACAUGUUCUGACUUUUACAGUUUAGCAUUUGGUGAGCUAAUCAGACAUUGAUUUAACACACAGUGACAGAACACACAGACACCAUUGUCAGCCACUAGAUAUGCACCAAUCAUGUGACUGAGUGAAAUUUUAUCUUCCUUGAGAAAUUCUGCCAAAGCUUGACUUCUGGUAAAAUAAGCAAAUGUGCUUGUUUCCAGGCUUGGCCGUGUAUGAUAGAUGCACUUGUGUUUUUAUUUAUUAUUUUUUGUAUAAUUAAAUUCUCUGCACAGAACUAGUUAUAACAAGUUAAGCUUCCACUUUGAAUUGCAGUAAUAUACGAUCGAUAUGAAGUUCUUUUGGAUGUUGCCUAAUGGAGUCAUGCGCCUGUCUGGCCUGUUACCUACUUAUUCAUUGGUGUAGUUCCUGUUUCACUGAGAGGUAUCAAUUACACAUAUUUGUUUUACUUCGUCAUCAGUGACAUUUGUUCUAUUUAGUUUUGCAGUGAACCCUUGUCUAAUUUUUCAGUUGUGCGGCAUGAAAUCCUUAGUUAUUGCGUUAUGGCAUUCUUAUACGGUAAAAUCACUCUGUUCUUUCCCUUCGUACCUCAAGGCUGGGCUGGUGCUGAGCUACUGGAGAUCAGGGUGAGGUCUUUAUGUCACCAGGACAGCCCUGUAAAUCUGUCCUCCGGUUGCUGUAUGAUUCAUUACCAAAAGUUGCAGGCCUUCUCUACAAUGACCUUCAACGAUGAGUUAAUAACUUUUUUUUUUUUUUAUCUGCAAGGACAUGGUGUAAAUUCUCCUCCAGUGUGACAUUUUGAAAUGGUUCCUCUGAUUGGUUUUCUUUUUGUGAUGCUUUUAGAAUAACCUCAUAAUUCAAGACUUAUAAAAAAGACUCUUUUUUUUAUCUUCUGAGUAAUCACUCCAACUUCUUCGUUCAUUUUGCGCUCUCAUGUGGCUCGUCUGACCAUCUCCAAAUAGACGUUCAUCUUGCCAGCAAAGAUCCGUAGUAUCUUGAUGCUGUCCCCCCUUGAAAUGGGAGGUUGUGUUCCUGUUCUGUCUGCUGAUCAAAUAUUGUACUUUCCUGGUUACUUGGCAACACUGUGGGGUCUGAUGAGUCACGUUCGCAUGGAGCUGACCAAUGAAGGUAGACUGACAGUGUGUUUCUGUGUCACUAUAAAACAUUGCUUCAGGACUUAUAAACCAGAUGUUGAGCCGUUUAUUUCAAAGCAAUAUUUUCCAUCUUUGUUGAAUAAAGACGGAAAAAUGGAGGCUGAGCAUAUCAUUAGUACGAAACUACAACUGAAGAUGAAAGCAGAGCACCUGAAAUCGGACCUUUUGAAGAGCUUUGACUCCCAGGUGAGCGAGUUCAUGGACUGCCUGAUUGAGGAGUCCUCCAUUCUGCAGCCUGCCUUAAUCACGACUCCAACGAUGUCUGACAAAGAGAGGAGCAAACUAAGACAUAUGAGACCCUCUCAGGAUCAGGGGAAAGUGUUUGUCAGCCGCCGAUCCCUGUUAGAUGAGCUGUUUGAGGUCAACCACAUCCGCACCAUCUACCACAUGUUCAUUGCCCUGCUCAUUCUCUUCAUCCUAAGCACCCUGGUAGUCGACUUCAUUGAUGAAGGCAGGUUGGUGCUGGACUUUGACUUGUUAGUGUACGCCUUUGGGCAGCUCCCUCUAGUCGUCUCCAUCUGGUUCUGCAUGUUCCUGUCAGUGCUGGUGGUACCUUACGGCCUUUUCCACAUUUGGGCCAGUCGGUACAAGUCGUCUCGGCACCGCGUCUUGCGCACGCUGCUGGCAGGGUCUCUCUUCCUGCUGUACCAGGGGGUGGUCCUGGGAUUUCUGCCCACAUUUCUGGUGCUGAGGAACAACCUGCCCCCUGCCUCUCGCUUCAUCAUCAUCCUCGAACAGGUCCGGCUGAUUAUGAAAGCACACUCCUUCAUCAGGGAGAACGUUCCGAGGGUGCUGGCCUUUGCUCAAGACAAGUCCAGUUCCCUUAUCAUGCCGCAAGUUACUCAGUAUCUGUACUUCCUGUUCGUUCCCACACUCAUUUACAGAGACAGUUACCCCAGGAACCCAUAUAUCAGAUGGGGAUACGUGAUAACUAAGUUCCUGCAGGUGCUGGGGUGCCUGUUCUACGCCUACUACGUCUUUGUCCGACUCUGCAUCCCCCAGUUCCAUAGCAUCAGCCUAAAGAUCUUCGACCUGCGGGUUAUGGUCCUCUGUGUCUUCAAUUCCAUCCUGCCAGGAGUGCUGGUUCUCUUCCUGGCCUUCUUUGCCUUCCUGCACUGCUGGCUCAACGCUUUUGCAGAGAUGCUGCGAUUCGCUGACCGGAUGUUUUACAAGGAUUGGUGGAACUCAACAUCUUUUGCCAAUUACUAUCGGACAUGGAAUGUUGUGGUUCAUGACUGGCUAUAUUGUUAUGUCUACCGGGACUUACUAUGGAUGUCAGGGAAGCGCUUCAAGGCGGCGGUCAUGUUGGUCGUCUUCACCGUGUCUGCAGUCGUGCAUGAAUACGUCCUUGCCAUCUGCUUCGGCUUCUUCUACCCUGUCCUCUUCACCCUCUUUAUGUGCUUUGGGAUGAUGUUCAACUUCAUCCUGCAUGACCGCAGGAAGGGCCCAGUCUGGAACGUGAUCAUGUGGACCGCCCUCUUCCUGGGCCAGGGCGUCCUGCUCUGCCUCUAUUCCCAGGAGUGGUAUGCACAGAGCUAUUGCCCUUUGGAGCAGCCCUCCUUCUUGGACUUUCUGAAGCCACGUUCCUGGACGUGUCACCUGCACCAGCAGGGGGUCCCCAUAGCUUCUGUUGUUGGAGUCUGACAGCACGUUCCCCCCCCCCCCCCCCCCCCCCCCCGUCAGCCCCAUGAAUGUCACAAGCGAGCAGCAGAAGAACGGGGUUGGAUCUGAUGCUGUUUUUACUUUGCACAAAGACGGAAGCAAUCUGUCCCCCACCUCUUGCAUUGAAGCUUUAUUAUGUAGAGUUGGGGGGGGGGGGUUAUGGGUGCUAUAACAGCUGUAAAAACAGGAAAUCUCUGAGGGUCAUUUUCAAAGGGAGCCAUUUACUAAAAUACUUAUUUUUUGGUUUCAUGUUUGUGAUGAGAACAUUAGAACAUUUUAGCAGUAUGAGCUGGGAAUGUUCAUUUAAGACAAAUUAAUCUGCCGUUAUUUAAGAACUGUUUUCUUCCUCAUCCAGAGCGUUGUUCUUGUCAACUUUACAUUUUCUUUAUUUUAAAAAGCCAGUGUGGUUUGAUUUUAACAUCAGUGUCUAAACAGGUGAACCCUGGUUGCACAUAGCAUGUAAGAUGAAUUUUGGAUAUUAAUCAUAAUUUCCGUUGCCAGUUUUUUUUUUUUUAAUAAAUGGUGCUGGUACACUCAAAGUUUUGAUUUCAUAUGCCACUGUUGCAAACCUAAAGUUUUUGAAUCACAUUCAUUGUAGAUCUCAAUAAGUACAAUAUAAGUUGCUGUCAAAUUAUGAAUAACAAAAAGAAAUACGUAUGUCAUUAUAAACACCCUCUUUAUUUUAAAAGUACUGGCAUGUGUCAUCACAAAAAAUUACUGGUUAUUGCUGUAAUAAAUCGUUAUGAGCAAUGAAGUAUUCUGUGAGGUAAAAAUUGUGAUAAAAAUAAUUAUAGCCAGACCAGUCAGAGGUGUAGUGUGUCUGGUGAAAAUCCUUUGCACUGAACACCUUUAACGUGACGCUAUAUUUGACUGGUAUGUGUACCAAUUUUACCAGCCGAACCUUCAAAACAUCAAACGUUAUCACUGUCUGGGUCCCAAUCUGUUAGUGAUAACUUCUCCUCACCUUAAAAUUCGUUGUAGCUCUAAACGUAAACAGCUGUGGCAUUUUUCAAUGCCAUUUGGGAGUAUUAAGAAACCUAUGUAUUAUAUUUUUUUCCUUUCACAGAUCACCAGUGAACCUUCCCAGUUUAUCUGCUAUCUGUCAUGUCUAGAUAGAAGCCGUAUGUUUGUGUGUUCUCCUCUGUAAAUGCUGUGACCCAUUAAUAGAACUGAAAAACAGAUGCCUGUUGAUUGGAUGGCUAAGUAUUUAAAUGUUUAUUGGUUAAUACCGUACAGUAACUAGCACACAUUCUAAGCUGUACAGUCCUACAGCUGCAUAAAUGCCAGUUUAAGGAUAGUUUUUUCUCUCUCUCUAAACUCCAUCCACAAGGGGAUUAAUUAUUUUUAAUUACUGGGAGAGAGGGUUUGUCUUGUGUAGUAUUUAAUAUAUUUUGUAUUUAUGAUAUCUGAACACAAGAAUAAACGCUGGAUUGUAAACUUGAAAUUCAUAAAAAAAUCGUAUGAAACCUGGAACUGGGGAUUGUUAUUGCAGCUGGCUGCAGACAUUGUAAAAAAUAAAUGUUGCUAUAAUUAUACAUUUAUUUUAACAGUUUGUGCCAAAACAUACGUUGUCAGCAUUGUUGGGUAACUGGUGUCACUGACAUUAAACAUUCUAUGCCCCA